AUGCGAGUCUCCACAGAGAUCUUCAAUCUCGUCCACUAUGACGGUGCCUCCGCCGCCGAUUUAUGGGCGGCCCUUCAUCAGCUCUUCCAGGACAACGUCGACGCUCGCGCCAACAAUCUUCACACCGAGCUUCAGAAUACGGUGCAAGGUGAUUCACCAGUCAGCGUCUACUGCCAACGCCUCAAGGCAAUCGCGGAUGAACUCCGCGAACUUGGUGAUCCGAUCGACGAUCACCAGCUCAUCAACGUCCUCCUCAUCGGCCUCAGCGAGCGGUUCGAUAAGCAGACCUCCUUCAUCCCUAUGAUGCGUCCGCGUCUCUCCUUCGCCGAGGCCGCCGUAGUUCCGCAUGGCGCCCGCUCCUGCUCCGCCCCCGGCUCCACCAACUGCACCAUCGCUGCCCCCGGCUUCAUCAACCGCACCACCACCGCCGCCCGGAUGGCGCCCAUCUCCUGA